AGUGUAGAUGUUAUAUUAUAUCGACAUCAUUCAUCAACAUGUGUUGAUUAUUUUAUCAUUUUUUUUUUUUUCCUUUUUUAAUUCAAAUUAAGUUUUACCGUCGCUGUAAACUGUAACAAUAUUUAACACGCUAUUUAGAUAAAUACAGUUACAACAAAUCUGAAAAUGCUGAGUAAAAAAAAAUUAUCGUUUUUUGCCAUUAUCAUAGUGAUGACAACUUCUUUGGGGAUAAAUGCCGAUAAACUUGUAAUUGACACAGAUGCUGGUGCUGAUGAUGCAAUAUCAAUUUUGCUUGUACUAUCAGCGUAUGCAAACAAUGACACUGAUUUUGAUCUAGUUGGAAUUACGUGCACAUAUGGUAACACAUAUCUAACAAACGUCGAAAAUAAUGUUUUGAAAAUACUGACGAUCGCCAAUGCAUCAAAAAUUCCAGUUUAUUCUGGUGCUCACAAGCCUCUGAUUAAUAAUUAUACAUCUGAUAAUUUUUUUGGAGAAGAUGGGUUUGGUGAUUUUCAAUUCAAUGAAAAAAUUACUACUGAAAUUGAUAGAUCCAAGCAUUCAGCAAUUGCACUAAUUAAAUUAGCAAAAAAAUAUGCUGGUAAAAUUUCAAUUCUUGUCCUUGGGCCAACGACAAACAUCGCUCUAGCUAUUUCAAUGGAUCCAAAAUUUGUAGAUAAUGUUAAAAGAUUUUAUGUUAUGGGUGGAAGUGUUGGUGGCAUUGGGAAUGUUCGACCAGGUGUUGAAUUUAAUUUUGGUAUGGAUCCUGCCAGUAAUUUUAUUUUUUUAAAUUCAACAAGAGGUAAAAUCAAUCUUUUGCUUCCAUGGGAAACAGUUUUAUCAUUAAAUAUAUCAAUGUCAUGGAGACGAGAUGAGCUUGGCAGUAUUGAUUCAAAAUUUAUCAAGUUUUUAAAUUUAGCUGAAUCUAAAAUUAAAGAAACUCCAUUUUAUAAUCCAGCUGAUCCUUUGGCAGCAGCGGUAAUGCUGUGGCCAAAUUUAAUUAAAAAAUCCCUUGUAAAAAAUGUAACUCCAAUAAUUAAUGGUGAAGCUAGAGGUGGAUUACUCACUGACUACUCUGAUUUAACAACAAAACUAAAAAAUGUUGAAAUCGUACAAGAAGUCAAUGUUGAAGAGUUUAAAAAAAUGCUCAUAUUUUAUUUAUCGUAAAAAUAUGAAAUGAAAAAUUAAUUAAAAAAAGUUGAUUUGUUUUCACUGACGCGAGUAAAUUUGUUGUGUUUUUGCAUUAUAAUUAUUUUUUGUUUCAAAUAUACUAUUACCUAAACAAAAAAAGAAACACAGUUUUUUUUACAAAAAGGAGCGUCAAGUAUUCGAAAUCCCCACUAAUUAUGUGAUUAUAGUAAUUUUAUUUUAUAUUGAUAUUUAUUAAUUUUUUACAUACAAAAAGAUAUAAUACCAAAAUAAGUCAAGAAGGAAAUAUUUAACGCAUAUAAUUAAGUCUUAAUCUUUGACAAAAUUUUAUACUUGACCCCGCCCGGUUCUUCCCAAAUAAAAUUUGAAGCCUACACACGUCUCGACAACAGAGUUAAUGGUAUUUUCCAAUUAUCCAUUAUUAUAUAUAUAUACCCUUCACAUUUUAUCUAGGCUUAGGACUGGC